AUCAGUUUCAUGGGUUUGUUUUCAUUUUUGGAUUUUGUUGUUCAGAUUGUUGUUUACUUGGAUGUGGGUUGAUUUUUGUUUAAUUUUGUAUCUGUUUUUGAGAUAAAAAUAUGAAGUUACUUUAAAUACAAGGAUAAAAUGAUUUCAAUUUGAUCAGAUUUCUCUAUAUUUUGUGCUCAUCGAUUAGUUAUUUAUCUGAUUGGAUUGGGUUUUGGAUUCGAUUUUGGUUUGAUUUGAGAGAUUUAUGAGAUUAGGAAGUGGGACCAGUCUUAGAGUUUCUUAUGAAUAGUACAAGAAUUGAUUUCAGCUCAAAAUUGGAUUUCAAUUCUUGAAUGUCGUAUCGAGAUUCCGCGUAUCGCAGUAUCGGUUUUCCGGUUAUUGAUUCAACCGAACGGAUGAUAUGGGUGAUUGGUGCAGAAGAUUAUAGCUUGCUGCACAUGGACAGUGAAGCUUCCUGGGAGUUUCGGUGCUUGACGACAUUUUCAUCCUGGAGAGUUAGAUUCUUGGGCUGAUUUGGAAGACAUUGUUUUCUUGUUUGGAUGAUCUCCAAUGUCUUUUAUGGAGGAUCAGUUGGACCGUAGAAACUCCACCUAUGCCCUUUCAAGUACAGGAGGUUCGGAAUUUGGAAGCCAGUAUAUGAUGGAGUCAGGUUUUUACAUCACAUCUUUCGCUGCAACAAUUUUCAUAGCAUCAGCAAUAACCCUUGUGGUUCUCUUCAUGACGUUGCUGAUCACAUUGACCGUCAUGCUCCAAUCCUGUCAAAGCCAAAGUGGAGGAGUUAUUGAGCAACAGAAACCAGUAACUGAUACAUAUGCUUACUGUAGGCUCUUCAGUGAACACGCGGAGCUUAAUGGAUUGAGACCUAUUGAGUUUCCGAAGAUCUGUCAUCCAUAUGCUACUCAGUACAUCACUGAGGGUCGAUACUUGGGGGAUUUGGAGUUGACUAUUUCGAUGGCAAAGAAAUACUUCAUUAGUCUGGUACCGAAAGAUAACUUUGAUAUUGUGUUGAUUGAUUUAGAUGACAUCUUGCAGUCUAAUAAUCCUCGUAACACCAGUCAAUUACAGCUCAGGCCUGAUUUGAAUGAUGUGGUUGUUCGAAAUCGGAUUGAAGAGCUGGACUAUUCAGUUAAAUCGAUUUUGCUUGAAUUUCACUCUAAGCUCCGAGAUAGUGGUUGGGCAGUGAUUUACAUCACUAGGAACCCUGAGAAGCAGCGAAAUGCCACAAAAGAGAAUCUUCUUUCUGCAGGAUAUGGAGGCUGGACUUCUUUGAUAAUGAGAACUGACGAAGAGAUGAAAUUAGAGACAUGGGAAUAUUUGGCAAGGAGAAGGAAAGAGCUCAACAACCAAGGAUUCCGCAUCAGAAGUGUAAUUAGCAGCAAAAUGGAAGCCUUAACUGGGCCGUGUUCAGGGACUCGCAAUUUCAAGCUUGCAGACCCUAUCUACGGAUUGAGAGUACGUCCAAAGAGCUUGGAAUUUGGUACAUAGGAAAGUGAAGCUUUACAAGUUCAAUCUCUUGCGGUACAGUUGUAGUUUGCAGUCUAUAGUUGGCUCAGAGUACAUAGUUUAGCAACUAGUACAUAUUGUAUAUUUGUGUUGAACAAAUCAUAAUACCGAAAUCUUAAAAUCAUUUGCAAUGAAAGAUAUCUGAAUAUAGAA